AGAUGUGAAUAAAAUGCAACAUGCGCCACGUUUUCUGGUUUGUUUUGUCCUCCCGGGGCGUCAAAGUCAGCAAACAGACAGUAACUGUGCGUCAAAAUGUGCAGAAGGCACGGAGCCCCGCUGGCGGCAUCCUGCCGGAAACACAACAAUGCGUGGCCACGACCUAAUAAGGCGAAGGAGAUGAUUAAGUCGUGGCCACCACUUAAUAAGGCGUGGGAACGAGAUCCUAAGUGUGUUCUGUGUUCGACUCGGGUGGAACCAAAACGGUUUUGCCCAGACCUGUUUUAUUUCUUUCCUGUGGUUGAGGCUCCCAGAUAUAAACGCCCAGGCAAUAUAAACGGGUCUGUUCAAAACCUCGGCAGACACACGGGGUUUGAUUUAAUAAUGUGUAGAUGAACCAAGCCAGGUAACUACAAACUGGAAAUGGUUAAACGAACAUGCUGACAUACAUAAAAAGCCAGUACUUGCUGUAUUCGUGUUAUAUUUAUUCUAAUAGUCGGAUUUUUCUGGGUGAAUAAACGCUCAGUGAGCGUUUACAUGGCUUUUCUAUAAUAAAAAAGGCCUGAAUCUUUUCCAGCUAAACAGCGCCAUCUGGUGGCAGCGCGGAGAGUGAUAAAACUACCGGCGUCUCAUCGACUUCAGUGAGCGGUGUGUUCGCAGCACGAGGUGCACUUAGUUAGGUUGGGCGGUUUCCUUCAGCGGCAGGAUGGACGACCCCCCAAAAGGCUACUAUGGAGGCAGUGAGCCUGACUACCAUUCACCCAACUCACUGACUUUAAUGGAGAAGCGGUGUGAUAUUGAUCACGAACUCUUUCUACAUGCGUGUCUGCUGCCUUCUUUGUGUAUCAUCGCGCUUUUGUCGUUCUUCGAGCGCCGCCAGAAGACCUUCUCCUUCGAGGACCGUUUCCCGUGCCUGCGCGGCCGAUUCGGCGUUGUGGUGCCACUUGACUUCACUGGAUCACUGAGGAAUCGAUGGUCAUACGCUUUUGCCAUCGGAGCAGCAGCUCCACAGAUGAUUUACCUCUUCAUCGGUGCCAUCAUACCAAUUAAAGUACCAAGCUGGCUUAUAACUCUCGUGUAUUUGUUGGCUGCAUUUGAGGUGGCCUUGGCUAAUCUGCCCUUUUUCGCCUGUCUGUCAACAACACACAAAGCAGUGGGAGGAGCUUUAGGCCUGUUAUACACAUUCGCCUGGCUGAUAGUGGCAGUAUGGAACAUCGGCUGUAUUCAUGCAUUAUGUGAUGGAAGUGCCUUUAAUAUUAUGUGCUACCAUUGGUUGAUGUGGUGGCCAUACGUCCUGUGUCUGGGGUUCCUCUUGGUUCGAUUUGGCUUCAUGUUGGCGAAAGACGUGCACAACCGCCUGAAGAAAAGCGCCACGCAGGUGGAAGAGGAUGAGGUUGUUCAGUCCCAUCAGUACAGAUAUGUUCAAACACUACUGAGACGGCCUCCUAUAAGGUCACUGGAGAAGAGCUGGUUCCAAAGGAAGGUGUAUGACUGGGAUCCUUAUUUUAAAUUCCCCAACCGAAUGAUCGCCACCACUAUCAUCUCUCUGAUCGGACUCUACCUGCUCAUUUCAACUGAACAAAUUUGGAUUUCAACGUUCAGCAACUUUAUCUACUAUCUAUUACAAGGACUCAGUGUGGAACAACUGACGGAACAUCUGGAUUACACCACAUAUACCUGGUAUGUCACAACAGCCUUGGCCGCACUGUCAUCCGUAGCCCAUGUUGGUCACGUACUGGUGUGUUACAGGAAGCACAUUAAGAGGUUGUGGGCGGGAAAGAAAAGCUUCUUGCCAGAGAAAUACCACACAGCGAACUCUGCUCUUAGCGUGGCUGCCUUCCUAAGGUACCCUGGCUGGCAAAUCGCCUUCACGUUAUGGGGUUACGUGUUGGUGCACCUUGUCCUCUUUGUGUUCGGGAUGGUAUUUGUGUAUCUGGUGGUCAUCCCAAUCAGGGAACAAGGAUUCUUCACCUGGCUGAUUGAUGUGACCAUCCUUCUGGCAAAUUUCUUCAUCGUGCUCGCCCUGCUGAAGCUGCAGGUCCUCCUGGUUCGGUUUUUCUUCCUGCAGGACAAACUGUCACCUCAGGACAAGCAGAAGCCCCUCGCGCUCAACAACAGGAAAGUCUUCCACAACUUCAAUUACUACUUCUUCUUCUACAACGUCAUUUUGGGACUGGGGAGCUGCGUCUUACGGCUAAUGAGUAGCGCCUUCGUCAGUUUGUUGUUGGUGUCCCGCAUCAAUCGGACCGUGAUGCCAAAGGGCUUCGAGCUGUUGGAUAAAGGCUACCGUACGUGGAUAGGAAUGAUCAUGGCGGAUCAUUACCAUAACAACCCGGUUAUGGUCUGUUUCUGCCACCUGUUGCUCAAACGCACCGUGGAGAGACAGACAGCCAUCAAUGCCUACUCCCGGCUAAACAAUGCCUCAGUGAGUACGCUAGACGUCAGAGUCCGCGCCCGCUGGCUUCUCCUCUACACUCUGCUGAGGAACCCUCGACUCAUCCUGCUGAGGAAGCGCGAAAAGCGCAACAACAACCAGGAGCAGCUGGCCGUAGUCUGGGCCACGAUGCAGACGCAGCAAGCGGACGCAGCGGCCGCCGUCCACUCAACUGACCCUUCGCACUUGGUGUAAAACCCUGAGCCUCACGUUCUUCGUCCACAUUUGAUUUACAGAGAAACAUACAAAGGGCUACCUCCACUAAAAUACUGCAAAUAUGUCGGGUAGUCCAGCACGUUGUUUAUAUUAUUUAAUUGAUCGUUGUUACAUUUUUUAUAGGACGAAGCCUCGGUCAGUUCAUCUCGUCUAAUCAGCUUCAAUAGAAGCUGCAGCAGUUUCAGUGGUUUUAAUGUCAAGGUCAAAAUUAGCAGCUGGUUCUGUCACCAGUUUAACUGACACAUCAAAACCUGUUUUUAUGUUUUUGUUUUUAUGAUGAGGUUUUCCACUGCGCAGUACUUUAAACAUUAAAUCAACAUGUCAUUUAAAAAAACCUCGUGUGCGCUGCAUUAUACUAUACAUUAUAUAUUAUACAUUAUACGCUAGAUGUAGGAGGAAGAGGUCAAGCAACAUGAAACCACUGUAGUGGAGGCUUCGCUUUUCGUUUUGGCCUAAUAUGUCAAGACUGAAACGUAAUUACUGCAAAUUUUUAUUAUUGACAAGUAAACAAAUGCCUUGAUGACGUCAGAUUUCAUUCCAUAUUCUCAAGUUGCAUAUAUUAAGUUUUCAGUCAGUUUUUGUCGUUUUUCAGUUUUUGACAUAAUUUGAAAAGGCUUGUUGUUCUUUACGUUGUGUGUAAAUUUCAUGAUGAAUGGACCGAAAGAAACGGCCCAAAAUGAC